AUGGGUGCGCCAGCGGUGCACAAUCGACAGGUUCGGCGACUGUUGGCCUUCUACCUCUUCGCCAUCAUCAUCUUUGGCUUCCUCAAUUCCGUCCUAUCAGUCAUCUUCGUCAUCGAGCCCAUCAUAUCUGGGACCGGACAUCAAUCACCCGCUUACAUACCUUUGGGCAUCGAUAUUCCGCCUGAUCACGACCCUUGUGUCGAGACUUUGAGUGCGCCCGGCUGUGCGUACGAUCUGGCAAUGACCUCUCUCAGCUCUCAGCUUAUCACCUAUCAGCCAUGCCAAGUCGGCAGCGUUACCUUUGAGCCCCCGAACGGAACCAUGGGUCUGCCCUACUGGGCCACGCAACACUUCUCCGAUCAAGUUGAAUCCAGUCGCUUCGAAGAGGAGCGUCGGCAGUAUUGUCUUCCAGUCCUGGACCCAGACCUGAUACACUGCACCGAGGAGCCGUACAACCAGCGAAUUGGUCGGACGAACAGCAGUCUUGUAGGCUACGCUCCACUUGAUCUAGUGAAGCGAGUCGACCACGCGGACAUCGAAACCAACCAGGAGACCUACGAGAUCGCGGUGCCGGUCAACGCCAGCGCGGGACAACUCAAGUACCGCACCGGUGAUCAAGGAGACGGCGUGAUGCUCGUUCGGAUGUACCCCGAGGCCUCUCAUGUAAACACCACUGUCAUCACCGCAGUGGACAGUGUGGAUCCCAGUCGAGUGGAGUCCAGCUACGCAUCGUUGCUGUACUACUUGAUGUACGGUGUGGAGCCGGAUGCCUCCAUCAUACCUCUAAACGGCCCUUUCCACUUCGUGGCCAAGUGUGAGUUUGAGUCCAUCAAGUAUCGCGACAACUAUCGAUCUUCGUGGCGAAAAGUCGACUUCGUUCUCAAGAAUGGCGUGUCGCGAGCUAACGUAACAGAGGAGCGCUGUCCCAACCUAAGAGGGGAUUGGACUUCCGGUUUCGACGAUCUGUACUUCGACCUUGAAGGUGCCAGCGAUGUGCUCUCCAGCACCGACGGCUACUGCAAGCUCCUCAAUAGGAACAUUGACAACUCAGACGGCACGAACAUCUUCCAUGGCAUGUCACACCUCGAUGCUAUCGUCAACAAGGUGAUCCACAUCACAUCCACCGCCUGGAGUCAGAGUGCCUAUCACUAUGCCAUGCAGAAUCAGUCCAUCUACGACCACCCUGUGAUGAUGACCACCUUCUCGCACCUCUAUGUCAUCCGAGUGAAUUGGACGCCUACCACGUACGUUGGCCUCAUCUUAGCGCUUCUGAUCACAUUCAACAUGUACAUGCUCGCCGGACGCUGA